AUGGGUAGUUAUCAAGGCUCGUUCCCUCGCAUAUACGAGCACAAGCUCGCUCUAGUAACAGGAUCCGCACGAAGUAUUGGAGCCGCAAUAGUCCAAAACCUGGCCAGCAAAGGCUGCAAUGUGAUCAUCAAUUAUGCAACUGAGGCCUCCGACGCACCUGCAGCAGCACUCGCCGCCAAUCUCGAAAAGGAAUACUCUGUGCGCGCACUGCCCAUCCGAGCAGACAUUACCUCGCGGGAGGAAUGCGCACGAAUUGUGUCAAGUGCAAAAGAACACUUCACAAACUUGCAAACAGGAUCCUUCCAAAUCGACAUCAUCGUUCACAACGCCGCGGUGCUAUACCUCGGCCCACUGGAAUCAGUCAAAGAAUCCGAGUUCCAUCGAAUCUAUGAAGUAAACGUCCUUGGACCACUUCUACUCACCGGUGCAUGCAAAGAGUAUCUUCCAACCGAUCGCUCGGGACGUAUUGUGAUGUUAUCGAGUAUUGCCUCGAAAACGGGAACGGAGAAUACUUCGCUAUAUUCGGGGACCAAGGGUGCCAUUGAAGCCAUGACACGUGUGUGGUGUCGUGAGCUGGCUGAGAGAGCCACUGUCAACUCAAUCAAUCCUGGUCCUGUCAUGACGGAUAUGUAUAUGUCGGCACCUGAUGUGGUCAAGGACGGGCUUGCGUUGUGGAAUCCUCUCACGCCGUUGGUGGCUGUUAGGGAGACUGAUAGCCCGGAGGUGAAAGAGUUGGGGAAGAAGUUUGGCGGAAGAGCGGCGUAUGCCGAGGAGAUUGCUGGGGGUACUGCAAAUAUGCCCAGUUCUCCAUCCCACCCAUAUUACCCCCUUGAUGCCAACGUUGUGGGUUAUGAGCCCAACCAGACCCCAGUGUUGGAGCUUCUCGUUUCUGCUGGUGGGGCAUGUACUAUUCUUCUCGGUAUGACUUUUGCGCUGGCCAGCUAUGUGAAACCGACACUGCGCAUGGCGGAUCGAAUCGCUAUCUUGUGGUUUGUACUCUCUGGAACUCUGCACUGUUUCUUCGAGGGCUAUUUUAUGCUCCACCAUAACCACAUGGCUUCUGCCCAAGAUCUUUUUGGGCAACUAUGGAAAGAAUAUGCUCUAUCGGAUUCCCGGUAUAUGACCUCGGACACAUUGGUUUUAUGUAUGGAGACCAUGACCGUGCUUCUGUGGGGACCAUUGUGCUUUGUUGUUGCAUACUUGACCGCAACCAGGCAUUCCCUGCGCCACCCGAUCCAGGUCAUUGUGUGCAUGAGCCAUCUGUACGGCGACAUGUUGUAUUAUGCGACCAGUUUGUUUGACGAAUAUGUCCACGAGCGACCAUAUUCCCGACCGGAGCCGUAUUAUUUUUGGCUGUAUUACUUCCUGAUGAACUUCAUCUGGAUUGUUGUUCCCGCUUACUAUCUCUACCACAGUAUCUCCACCAUCUCGGCUGCACUCAAAUGCCAGUCGGAAAAAGAAAAGACAAAAGAAAAGAGUAAGUAA